AUGCAACAGCUCCAUUCGAGGACGCAUGAUGGCCUUGAGGUCCGCCUCCUUUGCAAAUCGAUCGAUCCAAAGAACAUGACAGUAAUGUAUUCGACCAAAUUUGAGGUACAAAAGUCAUCUAUACCAUGCGUGGCAUCAGGUACUUAUGGAAGGCCUGUGAAGUUCCCUGAGUGGCAAAACAACUACCGCCUCCCAAACAAAAAGAUGACUCCACAACAAGAAUCGCUUUCGAUUCCCCCCCAGUACGGCAAAGAAAGAGCAAGGAUGAGCAUUGAUGAACGCCUAGGACAGGAACGAAGUGUCCGACCACGGGAUGCUUAUUGCAAUACGCAAAAAGAUCUAGGAGUGCUUUUAGAACGUGGCAGAAGGGAGCGAAGGUCACGCUCACCACCUUCACGAGAAACCAUGCCGCCGGAUCCUUCAUCUGGUGGAAGACAACUUCCUAACCAUAGAAGACAGGGUAACUUCACCUCACAAGCGAACUGCAGCAGCCGAACAGAAUUGAAAGACUUUCUCCGUAAACCUGCGCGAAUACUCGCCCCUAAAAAAGGCCCCAUAGAACCGCCAAGGCCAGCGACGAAACUGAGCAGGUCAGCCUCACCGGGUGAUGCACCAGCAGCAGCAGGGAUCAAACCACCGAGAUCUGCUUCUUCAAGGGAGAAAGAAGUGGAUGCAACAGCCGCAGAGGAGUAUCGGGACCGGUCACAGACUCCUGAUUCACAGGAGCGCCAGGGAAGCAAAAGUCUUCCAUUGCAACAACAACUAUCAAGGGCAUGCAGCAGAAGCAGUCAGGAACUGUCAGUGAAGUCAAAUGUUGGCCUUGUGAACCAACCAGAAACAGCGAUGGACUGUGAGAAACCUUUUGCAGAUGAUGGCGAGGAUUUAAAGAAAGACCAAACGGGACAAGGAGAGCUGAGACUUGGUGGAGAGGAAGCAGAUAUUGAGAAAUGCAGGGAUGUGCGGAGCGCCGCCGAUGUCUCACGCAAAACUGGGACAGAGGCACUACCUUCGCCAGCGGAGAUCGACCCAAGUCUUGAAAAACUAUCACUAGUGUGUCGGCCGGGAGAAAAAUCAAGCAGCAAACUUCCUAAGGAGGCUUUGACUUUGACCGCUUCAGAUGAGACAGACAACACGGCGGCAAAGGUGAUUUCCUUCGAAACGAAUGACGUAAGUGGUGUAGCUGCUCCCUCGGCGACAAGAGACAGUGCUCCCAAAGCAACAAUAACUGGAAGUGCUCCCGCAGCAACAAUGACUGAAAUCGCUCCCACAGCAACAAUAACUGAAAAUGUUGAAUCAGACGUUAUUCCUGACACUUCAAGCUCACUGGCGCAGUGCAGCGUCAACGUCAGGUUGCGUCUCCGGAGCGCUCAUGUUUCUAAUAAGGAUCCCGCGCCAUCCUUUAAAAGAGAUCCUGCUCCAACCUGUCUAGUACCCGCCAGAAGGAUCGUAUUCACCUCUUCAAAGAAAACGACAACAGCCCCCUCCCCCAUCCCACCACCUACUACUGAAAUGCCGCUUGGGAUGUCAAAGGCAUCACUGACGGGUGACAGCGACAACGAUGAGUCGGCGGAUGACAAUAUUCCGUUAGCUCGGCUGAGGCGGAUGGCACUUAAAAAUAGAAAUAGAUCUCGCACUGCUCCGGGCAAGAAUAAUUGCAACGCAACCUCGAUUAAUAUGCUUGCUUCAACAUUCCAAAGGACUAAGUCAACAAAGGGACUUCGACAAUCACCACGCCUAGGACCGUCAUCCAAUUCAGCGGGGUCUGAGUGUACGCGAUUAGCAGCGGACGGUGCUAAUGCCGGGCAACAUACACUCGAAUACAAACCUGCAUCCACAGUGCAGAACAGAGGGGAUACUGCGCCAACUGUUGGAACAUUUUCACCUAUAUCCGCUGGUCCCGGCGGGGCUUGUCACCCAAAUAUGAACUUUGAAGGGCAAAGAGCGCGGAUGUUUGAUGACGUCGGAUUGCUGCCAUCUGUUGGACGACGGGAGCCGCCGAAGGGUGCAAGUCCCCCAUCACCAACUACGCAGUACCAAUUUCGCGCAAGAGAGGCCCCAGGGCAGUUGGUGAGCAAUCCAGAGAUGGGCACAUCAAACAUAGCAGAAGGAGUUGGGGAGCAGCUGGUCCUGGUGGGCAGAAGCCUGCUCUCAGCCACCUCAGACGUUCCUGGUAUGGUCGUCUCGAGGUACGCAAGCGUGGAAGAGGAAUGUCUUGAUGCAGGGAUUGCUGGUGCUCGCGAAACGUUAAGAGGGGCUAGCAUCAGGGACGAAGCAGAGUGUCCGCCGAUGAAGCGGCUUCAGGAACCCCCAGUACCUCGUGCGAGCUUGAAUCCAGAAAUGAGUCAUCCACAGAGCACAUUGCAACAAACUGACUUUGGUUGCAAUUCUUUAAAGAUAGAAGAAGAAACUGUUGACAGUGCAAAGGAGUCCGAGAACAAGCCAGUACUUGAAAGGGAAGGCGCUCGCAUUGCUUUUCAGAAAGCCUCGGACCGAGCAACUCCGUCAGGAGUGCGGUGCAUCACAGCCACACGAGCUUUCCAAGUUAUGGUAGACUUAAUGAAGACUGAAGCCGGUUGCAAGGGAAACCCAAGCGAACGGACUAUAGCCCUGUCGUUGUAUGGGAAAACGGGUCAAAAGAAAAUAUGCACGGAGGAUAUGUUUCUUCAAAGUUUUUCUGAACUACUAGAGUUUGCGAAAGCCCACAGAAGGCAAAGUUUAGAAAAUCUUUUUAACAGAUCUUUGCCGGAGGGAGCGCAUACAUUGUUAAUCUUCCACGCUAUAGAUUUGUUGAAGAGAGGUUCAGGAGAAGAAGGAAUUGGUCGCUUCAGUUGGAGCGACGAAGAAAUGGAAUAUAUGCUUGAGACGGAAGGGUCUGGUAUGGUAAUAGAUAAGGACUCCUUUAUCCGUGCUGCAGAAAGGAUGAUGCUAGAUAGGCGUGAAAAGCUAAGACCGAAUUUCUAAUCAGCUAUGACCGAUCGUCUUGUUACAGUACGGGCACGGCUUCGGUAGCCGAGGUAUGACUAGACAUCCAAACAGGGUUUAAUAAGGAUCGGCUGAGGGCAAGUUUAGUUGAUCAGGUUACUAAUUUACCGGAGGGUACUACUGGACGGAGCUCACAACGUUUACAUUUUGUUGUUGUAUUGCUGGAUAACCUAUUGCAUUACGUUACUAUUUUAUAUACUUGGUAGUAGAUGCAGGACGUUACUAUUGUAUACACUUCGUGGUAAAUGCAGAACGUUACUAUUG